AUGAUGUUACCAAGCCCGGUCACCUCCACCCCUUUCUCAGUCAAAGACAUUUUGAAUCUGGAGCAGCAGCAGCAGCACUUCCACGGCGCGCACUUACAGGCGGACUUGGAGCACCACUUUCACUCGGCGCCGUGCAUGCUGGCGGCCGCCGAGGGGACGCAAUUUUCUGACGGAGGAGAGGAGGACGAGGAGGAAGAGGGAGAGAAACUGUCCUAUUUGAACUCACUAGCCACAGCCGACGGCCACGGGGGUUCGGGGCUCUGUCCCCAGAGCUAUGUCCACACAGUCCUGCGAGACUCGUGUGGCGGGCCUAAGGAACACGAAGAGGAGCCCGAGGUCGUGAGGGACCGGAGCCAAAAAAGCUGCCAGCUGAAGAAGCCCCUGGAGGCGGCCGGAGACUGCAAGGCGGCGGAGGAGAGUGAGAGGCCUAAGCCACGAAGCCGCCGGAAGCCCCGCGUCCUCUUCUCGCAAGCCCAAGUCUUCGAGCUGGAACGCAGGUUCAAGCAGCAGCGGUACCUGUCGGCGCCCGAGCGCGAGCACCUUGCCAGCAGCCUGAAGCUCACGUCCACGCAGGUCAAGAUCUGGUUCCAGAAUCGCAGGUACAAGUGCAAGAGGCAGCGGCAGGACAAGUCCCUGGAGCUGGGCGCACACGCGCCCCCGCCGCCGCCGCGCCGCGUGGCGGUGCCGGUGCUGGUGCGGGACGGCAAGCCGUGCGUCACGCCGGGCGCGCAAGCCUACGGCGCGCCCUACAGCGUGGGCGCGGGCGCCUACUCCUACAACGGCUUCCCCGCCUACGGCUACGGGAACUCGGCCGCCGCCGCCGCUGCCGCCGCCGCGGCCGCCGCCGCCGCCGCGGCCUACAGCGGCAGCUACGGCUGUGCGUACCCGGCAGGCGGCGGCGGCGGCGGGGGCGGCGGGGCCUCAGCGGCGGCCGCGGCCAUGCAGCCCGCCUGCAGCGCGGCCGGAGGCGGCCCCUUUGUGAACGUGAGCAACCUGGGCGGCUUCGGCGGCGGCGGCGGCGCACAGCCGUUGCACCAGGGUCCCGCGGCCGGGGCUGCGUGCGCGCAGGGCACCUUGCAGGGCAUCCGGGCCUGGUAG